CAUGAUGUCAUCACAGCAUGCUAUAAGGGCUCUGACAAAUAGCCUGGGAGACACUUUAGAGGAAACACCGCUCAACUGACGGACUGAGGAGCGAGACGAGCCAAGAUUAAAAAGUGGAACGGGCAUGUGAUACUUUGCAGGAGUUAUCUGUGCCCUGGUAUAUUUACAGUGCAUGGGAAGCAGGACUCACAACAACUACCUGUUGAGAUGGCGAAUACCACCUCCCCAACAGCAGGCGGGAACAACUCGUCAUCUACACAACCCUUUGGAGAAACAGUCAUGAUCCUGCUGGGCAUAAUUAUGUCUGUACUCGUAUUCGUCAUUGUCUUUGGAAACAUCCUGGUCAUAACAGCCAUUGCCCGCUUUCAACGUCUGCAGAAUGUCACCAACUGCUUCAUCACAUCCCUGGCCUCUGCCGACCUGGUCAUGGGUCUCAUCGUUAUUCCUUUCGGUGCAAGUAACAUCAUUUUCGAUAAAUGGCACUUUGGUAAAUUCUGGUGUGAUUUCUGGACUGCCACUGAUGUCCUCUGUGUGACCGCCAGCAUAGAGACAUUGUGUGUCAUAUCCCUAGACCGAUAUUUGGCCAUUACUUCACCGUUUCGCUACCAGUCAAUGUUGACAAAGUGCAAAGCUCGACUUCUGAUUCUUCUGGUGUGGGUGAUUGCUGCGCUGAUAUCCUACCCUCCCAUCUUCCUGGAAUGGGGGGCGCUAACAAAUGAUACUAAAGCUGAGGAGUGCCGUGCCAGGAGUGACUGUUGUGAGUUUUAUGUCACUACGACCUAUGCCAUCACCUCCUCUAUCAUCUCAUUCUACAUCCCUUUGUUCAUCAUGAUUUUUGUGUACAGCCGUGUUUUCUGGGAAGCCAGGCUACAACUGAAAAAGAUCGACCAAAGCGUUGGACGCUUUCACAACACCGACAACAGUGACCUAAAGUCUCUAGACUCUAAAAGUGGACGGGGACUAAAAAAGGCAAAGUUCUGCCUUCGAGAACAUAAAGCCCUAAAGACGCUGGGUAUAAUCAUGGGGGUGUUCACCCUUUGCUGGCUGCCAUUCUUUUUGUUCAACGUGGUGGUGACCAUAAUGCGCUGGGAGUGGGACCCCAAAACCCUCUUCAAGAUACUCAACUGGAUAGGUUAUUCAAACUCGGCAUUCAAUCCCCUCAUUUACUGCAGGAGUCCUGAGUUCAGGUACACUUUCAAGGAAAUCCUCUGUCCAAAGAACAACAUCUUGAGCAACUCAGGACCAGCCAACGGAUACUUCUACAGCCGCAACAGCUGGCAGAGUGAAAUGCAGGGACGGAGCAAGGGCAGCUCAGACGACAGUGAUGCCAAUGAAAAGUGUCUGGGGAAGGAGUCAGAGGUCUGUGGCGGAGAGGACAAAGCCAUGGACCCUAAUGGAAACUGCAACAAAGCCCUAGCAACUGUAAUGACAAGCCUGUAAAGUUGGAGCGCUGGGACUUCAGUCAUCAGGGAAACCCAGAUGUGUUUACACUGCCUUCACGGACUUAUUUCCCAAAAUGACAAUUGAAGGUAAGGCCAGUCAAAGUGCCUGACUGACUGCAUUGGUCCUCUUGAGUUGAGAGACAUAUUUAUUUCCCCAUCAUUUCCACAUUUAAUACUGUAGGAAGAUAAUUUUCCAUUUUUUUUUUUUUACAUGUAAGAUUUCUUUAAGCUACCUCAUAACUGCUUUGCAAUACAUUUUGUGUUAACUGUCUCUUACAUUGUGCCCACUUAAGUUAAACUAGGCGGGUGUCUCAGAUGUUUUUACCAUAUAAAAAAAAAAUGGUGUGUCAGUGGCAUAAUUACAGACUAUUAUGGCCUCAGAUAGAGCUCAUCUUCAUAUGUUCUGUCUGGUAGAUGUAAGGAGAAGAUGCAACGAUUCUCACUGGCAUCGUUUUCUUUCUAAAUCAGCAAGUAAAUUGCGUGAGUCAGUUUAAUUCGAACACGCCUGCUUGGCGUCUUCGACAAGGAAGAGAUCUGCAUCAAAAGUUUCCAAGCUGAUGGGUUGCACCGCAUUGGUGCUUUGUGUUACGAGUACAUUCUGAUCUGCUAAGAUAACAAUCUGUCAUAUUUCUCUUCUUUUUUUUUUUUUCUGGAUGUGGUAAUGCUAAAGAUUAGUAACAUGUGAAACUUUAGACCUGUGUCUCCUGUUCUUGCGGUGUGGCGUGCCGCUGCGUUAGAGUCUGCUGUCAGCGGGACACUUCAGAGAUACGAACGGAGAACAACGCCCGUAUUUGCACCCAGUUAGUGCUCUGACAAAACUUGAGAGUGUGUGUUUAAGUUUUGAAGUUCUAAAGAUAGCCGAUAUCUUCAGGCAGAGAGCAGACUGCAUCAUGAAAAUGCUGCAGCCUAGUCGUCAGUGCCUGUGAUUUUAGUCAUUUUUUAAAUUAUUUGAUUGAAUUUAAACAUUUUGCAACUGAUUAGUCUACAACUAUGCUGUUCAUGCUGUCGACAGGCUCUAAUGCGCAGCACGCCAUUGCACAGGAGUUCCAAAACACUUUUAGCAUUUUCUAUCCUCGCUGUGAAACAGUAGCUUUGUUCCUUUACUGGCACAAGCCUUGCUAAUUUUCAAAAAAAAAAAAAAAAAAAGAGAAAAGAAAAAAAGUGUAGCUGCUGUGUUUCAGUACGUCCAGUGUUUACUGCAACCAGAACGUCUGUUUCCUCAUCGCGCCAGGAAGGGUACAAACCACACAUAAUAAUAAUAAUAAACAAGGCGUCAACAGUUCUAGGGCCCAGACACAGUGCUGGUCGCUAUAUGCCAAUAAAUAUUGGAUAAAAAAAAAAAACAGCUCCAGCUCCCAAAUAGCACACCUUUGCCACUGCCUCGUGACAUUUCCCAGAUCGCUUUCAGUACGUAAGGACGUGUGUUUAUGUCUGGUAUCGACGGAACAUUUGGAAAAGACAUUCGGGUCUCCACAGAGCCGCGUCUCAGCUGCUCCAGUUGUUUCAGUCAGUUUCUUCUCCAACCGGUUUAAGAUGUGCAGUCUCCAGGAAACGCCUCGGUCCAGCUGAGCCCGGUCCCAGUAAACAUGAAUAAACACAUUAUCGACGCUGCUUAGUUAGACAAUUAGAUAACUCCCUCUGUAAAUAAUCAUUAAAAAAAAAAAAGAUUGAAAUGGAAAAGUAGAUGACCAAGUGUUAGAGUUUCUAAUUUGCAGCUUAGGAUGCGAUUUUGCGUCUUCUGACACGUCUUUAGGCUGCAUGCUCGUGGGAAUGAUUUCUCUUGACUUGCAUUAAGUGUAAUGGAUAUCGAGCACUUAGAAGAAAGGAUUUAAUUCAGGAAUUCACCCUCUUUUCUUCAAAUGAAAUUGCUUCACAGAUCAUUAGCCUAUAUAGAGGGAGCGAAGGUCUAUCUUAAAGCCUUUCCUCUGUCACUUCUGCAGCCUCUGGUACGAUCGGAUCAACGCAACAACACACUAAAGUUAGCUUCUGAGGACAGGAAGGGGGACCAGGAAUUCUCUGGCAUUCUAAAUCGGUGCGAGUCGCCGGUCUUUAAGUGCAUGUAGCAUCGCCUCUGUGUGGAGUUGGAGCAGCUGACGCAGCCAAAACCUUUGCACUUUGUGCCUUCAGAGGAAAUCUUUAACGUACUGUAUGGAAAGGUUCGGCCGGUGCUCUUAUCACUGAUCCCCGGUCGAAGGCACGGACAUGUGGUCGCGGUACGUCAGUGUUUGCCAUGUGGGAAACGAGCUUUCCAGGAAGCUGAUCCUUUACUUGCUGAUUUUCCCUUCUGUGCAGAUACACAGAUAAAUAAAUGCAGGGGUUAAAUGUCAGAACACGGGUUCCACCGAGCAAACCUUUCCCAAAUCUUUCACUGUAAGGCAAGCUUAAAUCACAAUUCUGCUAAAAGUAUUAGACCAAGUCCUUUUUUUGUAACAUAUGGACAGUUUGAUCUUGGAUUGGCAAUAGAUUACAGAGAGUGCAACUUUUUUUUUAUUGUCUCAGACAUGCAGUUAUGGAAGCACCGUGCAAGUGACUGUUUGCAUGUCUGUCGUAUAUUCGUGGUGUCUUAUUUGUAGACGUCUGCUAGCUCCUUUUGCAAACAGACGGGUUUCAGCCCCGUGGCCCUGUGGGCUACCAACUAAAAUUCCACACUGCACCCUCCUGGCAGUGGCCUAUCUUUGCACCUCAGCUGUUUCUCAAUUGUAAAUGGUUACUGUUUUGUCAAUACCCCUGUAUAAUAAGGAAUGUAAUUCAUGCGUUUUCACAUCCUCGGUGCUUGGGGACGCAACACUGUUAUGUGCAAUGAAUCUUGAAUAAUGAGCUGACACUACAACAUUCCAAGCCCAGCUGCUGUUUUAUAUCAUGCUUACGGCACACAUUCAGUUCCCCCCCACCCCCCACCCCCGGCCAAUGCCCCGUCUCAGAUUACCUACUGAUGUACCUUUACUCGCUCGGCUAAGACAAAAAAAAAAAAAAAGAUUUUCUUUUAAGAGCUUUACGGGUCACGGAACAGACCAGUCUUACACUUUGCGUUACCAUCCGGUCUUUACGCUGAAUAUCCCACAUAUUUCAAUGCACUAAACCUACAGUGUGCAUGAUAGCCUUACAUGUUGAUGUGAUCCAUGUCAAACGCUAUCCCCAAGGAUUCACGGAAGUAUGCUUUAAAUGAAUAAGUCCCUCUGCGCCACACGGACUCUCCCCAUGAUUUAAGUAAAAUCGUUACCUAAAGCAGCACUGUAUAGCACUUUCAGAUAUUUGAACACAUGUUUGAAAUGAUGAAAAAAUAAAUAAAUAAAGUGUUCCCACUGGCAUGUGCUAUAAUGUUUCUAUUCUGAAAUGAAAUUAUAAAGACACCAGAAAGGCAGAUUAUUUAUAGACAUGUGAAUUUUCUAUGAUUAUGAAAAAGUUAUAUAAAAGAGUAAACCUGUUAUAUGUGAACAUUUUCUUUUUUUCUAAAUGUGGUCAGAGCGAGAACGUUAUCGCUCAACUGAAUGUUUACUAAAUGUUUGCAAGCUAUUUUUCGCACAAAUUUUUUCGUCAUUGUUUGUUCUUGGAGCUUGUUACAUGAUGUGAUUCCCUGUGGUAUUUAUUUAAAGAGAAGUUUGUGAUGUAACAUUUAUAUUGAAAUAAAUUAUGUACAUGUUG